AUGGCUGCUUGGAUCUUUGUCUUGGCAAGCUUAUCGCCAGCUUAUGCCUACUGCAGUGGAAGUGGAUGCACUGCAGGUGUGGGUCUGCUGCAGAAAUCCCCGCGCCAGCAGAUUCUCAUGGUGCAGAGCCCGCUCUACGACUGGUCUCCGGUCGAUGGCGGCUUGGGACGUGCGUGCCGUGGAGCAUCAGCGCAGGAUAAUCAAGCCAGCUACUACACGGUGGUGUCAGGCAUCCUAUCCAUCGAUGCCUGCAAAGCGGAGUGCAUGAAGCAUGUCAACUGUCAAGGCGUGGAGUUCAGUGGCUCACGCUGUGAGGUCUGGACGCGGCCUGGAGGUAUUGAGGCGAGCAUUGCUUUGGGCAACUUUGAGUGUUGGAGCUACAAGCCUUCCCUCUUUCUGCCGGUGGAUGGGGGUGUGGAUCGUCAAUGCCAAGGUGACGCAGGGAGCGAGGUGUUCCAAGAAAUGACCUUGGAUGGCUGCAAACAUCGGUGCUUGAGCCUGCCAGCUUGCAAAGGCUUGGACUUCUCGACGAGCGGCUGCAAGAUCAUGACGAGCAGUGUGGCUGUGGCCUCUUCAUCGCCGCAAGUCGGCGCUACGUGCCUUCGCUUGGAAUUCUUCCUGGCUGAUCCAGCGGUUCAGGAGAGCGCCUGCCGAGGGGAGAGCCUGGGUGACAACAGUGGUGACUACUACACAGUGAUGGAGAAUGUUGGGUCCAUGGACGAGUGCAAGCAGAGCUGCAGAGAAGAGGCCGCAUGCCAAGGAAUCGAGUAUGCCACGGGUCGCUGCGAGGUCUGGACGAAGCCGGGAGGCAUCAACUAUGUGAAGCCCCUGGACCGGACGACCUGUUUGAAAUACUCCGCCGCUCUGACGACCACGACCACGACCACCGGGACCAGUGCCGCCACGACCACGACCAUGACCUCUGUGACCACAGUGGCAACGAUGGAGACGACCACCACGAAGAAAUGCCGUGAGGCGUACCAGCAAUGUGGUGGCAAUGGAUACACCGGUGAGACGUGCUGCAUCUAUGGCUGGGAAUGUGUUUUCUUGAACGACUUUUAUUCUCAGUGCAAUGUGUCAAGUCAACCCACCACUACCCUACCCUUGGAUUGUGAUGCGCCGGGCACAGAAUUCGCCCAGCUCUACCGGCAGUGUGGCGGGCGAAACUGGAAGGGCCCCAGAUGUUGUGAAGCUGGAAGCAUUUGUGUCUUCGACAACGACUACUACUCAGGCUGCAAGCCUGAUACCAGCACAACCACAAGCUCAACAGGAAGCACAACAAGCACAACCACUGCUGCAACCACAACAACGACAGUUGCAACCACGACAGCUGCAACAACGACCACGCCUUCAACCACAACCACAGCUCCCACAACGACCACGGGGACCACAACGACUGGUGCGACCACCACAACUGCCACGACCACGACGACCACGCUCGUCGAAACAACGACUGUCUCCGGGGGAUCCAGCACAAGCACAACUUCAAGCUCGGCAACUACGACUGACACCACUACAACCGUUCAAUGCAAGAAACGUUAUGAGAAGUGUGGUGGCAAAGGCUAUACGGGCGCCACAUGUUGCGAAGAUGGUUGGUGGUGCAUCUAUGGUGGACCUUACUACUCCCAGUGCAAAACUACGACGACCACCACUUCAUUUACCUCAGCUUCUCCCGAGUUGCAGGCAGAUUCACAAUUUCUGAUUCAGGCCACUUUUGGACCAACGCGCGCCAGUCUCCUAGAGCUUGGAUCGACUAGCCCUGAAGAUUGGAUCCAGCAGCAGUUUGACCUGGAGCCCAGCUUCCACCGCGCCUUCUACCGCGAGCGCGCCACCGGAGGUUCCGGCUCCGGGAGUGGAGCCCACACGUUGGUGGCGAACACGGUCGAGGCUCCGGCCAGCGCUGAGACGUGGCGUGGGGGCGAGUGCCCUUCUGUGCCCAGGACCUUCCUGAAUGAAGCUGGGUGUCAGCUGCUGCUGGGCUGUGCACCAUUGCAACUGGAGAGUGUCCAAAUUGAGCUGAACGUGAGCGUCCUCCAAACGUUCUACGAAGUGGAAGGCCGCUAUGUCUAUGCUGUGACAGAUCUCACUCCCACGAGUUUGCCAUGUGGAGAGCCCUCUCGUUGGAAGUUACUGGACUGUUCUGGCGGUUGCAGCGGUUCCGCAAUGGAUGCCGCGGAUGCUUUGUCGAUCAGCACUGCUCUACAGGCUGGCCAAGGUGUUGUGAGGGACAUUGCAAUCAGUUGUGUCUCCUCCGUGCCCAGUGGCGUUGUGGUGCAGGUGGGGUCGGAGUUCUUCCAGCACGUUCACUCCAGCGAGCAAAACGUCUAUGAUUUUUUCGGAAUGGGUGAGAGAACAUCCAGGUGGAGCAGACAAGAUCCGGAAGUGGACGUCCAGCGCUAUCCCGCUUCUCACCCCAUUGGUCGCUUUGAGUCUGCGCUGGCCAAAGAGUAUCUUUGGCCAAAUCUGGUGGGUAUCUUUGGCAAGACCAUGGAUAUUAGGAGCCUCCCUCAACCGCUGCAAACCGUGCGCGUGGGCGCCGCCUUUGGCGCCCUGGGCACGCGGCCGUCGAACUUCGCGGAGGUCUGUGGAUCUCCGGGUGAGGUCGCCGAGCGCCUCGGGCAUUUCUACCCCUUCCACACGAAGGAUGCUCCGCUGAACUUGACCUUCGAUGUGAACUAUGACUCGGUCUAUGACGUGCCGAUGCUGAGCCGGGCAUCCAUCUGGACGAUGCAAGCUCUCAAGGCACCCGAUCAGCUGCGGCAGCGCAUGGCCUGGGCCUUGUCACAGAUCUUCGUUGUGGCGCCGGAUGAUGCAAGCGGGAACUACACAGAGAUGUACGUGAACUACUACGACAUCUUUGUUCGUCACGCUUUUGGGAACUUCCGGGACAUUCUGCGAGAGGUGACCUACAGCCCUGUAAUGGGUGACUACCUGACCUACAAGCGUAACAGGGCCUUCGACAGCGACGGGGUCUACCCCGACGAGAACUACGCGCGUGAAAUCCAGCAAUUGUUUACCAUCGGCUUGUGGAAGCUCAACUCGGAUGGCUCGAGAAUUCUGGAAGAUGGAGAGCCUGUGCCGACUUACAGCAACAGGGACAUCAUGAACUUCGCGCGUGUCUUCACGGGCUUUGACGAGCAAGCGGAGCGGGGAAACAUCGAGCAUGUGGAAGGCAAGAGCAACAUGAUCGAUCCAAUGCAGAUGAGAGCAGAAUGGCACGAUGUCUAUCCCAAGCCCAAGCUGGAUGGCGGAUACCUGGGGGAUGGAUAUCCCCUCUGCAGCGAGCAAUUGAACUCCAACUUCUUGCAAGAAGGCGCCAAGUAUCGGUUCUUGGGCUAUGAGCAUUCGGGCCAAGCACUUGUCCUGGCCGCGGCCUCGCCGCUGUAUCAGAAGCUCUGUGGAGGUGCCGAGGUCUGCAACCAUCGGCUUCAGACGGAACUCAUGGAGACUCUGCCCUGCUUCGAAAACGAGUGCUCGGCCAGCGACGUGACCACGAUCCUGGUGCGUGACGGCUUUUAUGAAUUCCAAAGACCCGCCUGUGUGGAGCUCUUCUUCCGCAGCGGAGAGGUGAUCCUGUAUCCCAAUGGCGAGAUCAGCUCCAAUCGGAACAGCCAGACGGCGCAGAACCCGUUUUUAGGACACUGGCUUUCUGGAGCUCCGCCGGAAAGUGGAUCCUGCCCCAGUGGGUGCAGCCCAAGUGAUGGCGGGUGUCUCUGCCCUUUGACCCUGGAUCAACAGGCCGGUGUCCACGUGCUGCACGCCGGCGGGGCCACGUUGCAGAACCCUCCCGUCUUCAUGGACGCCGCCGCGCCGACCGCGCGCGAUGCCCUCUUCGAGGUGGAAGCCUUGUUGGAUCACCUUUUGGAGCAUCCGAACGUCCCCAGCUUCGUGGCUCUUCGCCUCAUCCAGCGCUUCGUGACCUCGAACCCCUCCAAGAGCUAUGUGACCCACGUGGCCGAUGCGUUUCGGAGCGGUGCCUAUCAGGGCGUGCAAUACGGCCGCUAUGGGGACUUGAAGGCCACCAUCUUGGCGCUGCUGCUGGAUCCAGAGGCCCGGAGCCUCGUGGGCCCCAAUCAGGGAGCCCUUCGGGAGCCCUAUUUGAAGCUGAUCCACUUGAUGCGCUCCAUGGAGUACGAUGAGGGUCGGCCCAUCUUCAUCCGCAACUUGAUCGACGCCAUCGGCGAGUUCCCCUAUGCAUCUCCUACCGUCUUCAACUUCUACCUGCCUGAGUUUGAGCCCGAAGACUUUCCAGAAGGCCUGGUGGCACCUGAGUUUCAGAUCUUUACUCCACCGAAUGCUUUGGCCUACGCCAACGGCUUGGUGUCCCUCAUUGACCACGGACUGGCGGAGUGUGACCAAGGCUUUGGCGUGCCCAACAGCGAGUGCUCUUCUGGAGGAUCCUUUGCGUUCCAGGAGGUCGCGCCCAAUGACAUGGCGACCUCGCUUCCGGAACUGGAUUUGUUGCUGACUGGUGGGCGGCUGGAGAACAAGGGUGCGGUCCAGGCAGCCUACCAGCGCGAUGGUUGGAAGGAUGCGCAGAAAGCCAUGGUCUUGACGCCGGAGUUCAACACGAUGGGCCAUCCUAUGUCAGGUGGUGUGCGGCCUCCGUCGCCGCCCCCCUCCCAGUCCGGCGGGGGGAGUGACUACAAGGCGGUGAUCAUGCUGUUCUUGAAGGGUGGCAUGGACAGCUUUCAGAUGCUGGUGCCCCUGAAUUGCCCCUUGUACGACGAGUACACCACUGUGCGGCGGAGCAUCAGCUUGUUGCCCGAAGAGGUCCACAAGAUCCAGGCGCAGAACCAGCCCUGCACUGACUUUGGAAUCCACCCACGGCUUCCCUUCAUCAAGGAGCUUUAUGACGAGCAGAAGGUGACCUUCGUGAAUGACGUGGGGUCCUUGGUCGAGCCGCUGACGCCGGACAUGAUCGGCACGGGUUUUCAUGCCACGGGAGGCACUGGGAAGCGCUGCCAGGGCCUCUUCAGCCAUGCUGAUCAGCAGCGUGCAGCAGAGACACUCACCUGUCAGUACUCUUCGGCUGAAUUUAAAGGCGCUGGCGGGCGCAUUGCUGAUGCGGUGGCCAAAGAUUACAACACGGCGUCCUUCUCCAUGCGGAACCAGGCGACUUGGCCACAAGGCUUUGAUAUCAGUGGAGAGGUCUUAGGCCAACAGAGCUCCGGCGAGUCAGCCUUUCCGGAAUAUGAGCGGCUGAAGGACAUCAUUGACAACAUCACCGGCACCCAGCAUGGAAACAUCUAUUGUGAGGAAUAUGCGAAGCGCUUUCAGCAGUCGAUCAGUUUCAACCUGGGCCUGGAGAAGCAGCUGGAGAAUGCCCAAUUGCAGACGGACUACGAGAUCAACGGGUACAAGCCGUUGCAGUCGCAGUUCAAGAAGGCGGCCACGCUGAUUGCCGCCCGCGCGGAGCGUCAGGCGGAGCGGGACUUCUUUUUUGUGGAGGAUGGCGGCUGGGAUGCGCACUCGGGUGUGGAAGAUUCGCUUUACAAGAAGUUCGGAGAAGUGAACGAGGCGGUGCAGCAGCUGGUUCAGGAGCUCGAGGCACAAAAUGUCUUCGACCGGGUGGUCAUCGUGACGCACUCGGACUUCGCUCGCACGCUGACGCCUAAUAGCAACGCGGGCACCGACCACGGCUGGUCGGGCAUUCAGAUGGUCCUGUCGGGAGCGAUUCAAGGCGGAAUGCUCAACGCCUACCCUCACCUGGCCGAAGACUCGGCCAUGGACGCCGGACGCGGACGUCUCAUUCCCAGGUACCCCCUUGAGGGGAUGAUGAUGCCAGUGGCCGAGUGGAUGGGUAUGGACGCCUCUCAAGCCAGCCAGGUCUUUCCCAACAUCGGGAACUUCAAUUCGUCACACUUGUUGACCAAGGAGAUGUUGUUCAAGUCCUAA